GCUUCCUCCUGGCUGCUGGAGUGAUUCGGUUCCCCACGUGGUUCAGCUUGUUUGCUGGCUGGGAUCCGCUGGGCUCGGGGCGCAGUGGUAAUCUUUCACCAUGCAUCGGAAGAAAGUAGAUAACCGAAUCCGGAUUCUCAUUGAAAAUGGAGUCGCUGAACGGCAAAGGUCUUUGUUCGUUGUAGUUGGAGACCGAGGAAAGGAUCAGGUGGUCAUACUCCAUCACAUGUUGUCCAAAGCAACCGUGAAGGCUCGGCCUUCAGUGCUGUGGUGUUACAAGAAAGAGCUGGGGUUUAGCAGUCACCGGAAGAAGAGAAUGCGACAGCUCCAGAAAAAAAUAAAGAAUGGGACACUGAACAUAAAGCAAGAUGACCCCUUCGAACUGUUCGUGGCGGCCACAAACAUUCGGUACUGCUACUACAAUGAGACCCACAAGAUCCUGGGCAACACUUUCGGCAUGUGCGUCCUCCAGGAUUUUGAAGCUUUAACUCCAAAUUUGCUGGCCAGAACUGUGGAAACAGUGGAAGGUGGUGGGCUGGUGGUCAUUCUCCUACGGACCAUGAAUUCACUGAAGCAGUUGUACACGAUGACCAUGGACGUGCAUUCAAGAUACAGGACUGAGGCCCAUCAGGAUGUGGUGGGAAGAUUUAAUGAGAGAUUUAUUCUCUCUCUGGCCUCUUGUAAGAAAUGUCUCGUCAUCGAUGACCAGCUCAGCAUCCUGCCCAUCUCCUCGCACGCUGCCAGUAUUGAGGCCCUACCUCCCCAGACCCCGGAUGAGAGUCUUGGUCCUUCUGACCUGGAGCUGAAGGAGUUAAAGGAGAGCUUGCAGGACACCCAGCCUGUGGGCGUGUUGGUGGAUUGCUGCAAGACCUUAGACCAGGCCAAAGCUGUCUUGAAGUUCGUUGAGGGCAUCUCUGAAAAGACCCUGAGGAGUACUGUCGCGCUCACGGCUGCCCGAGGAAGGGGGAAGUCUGCAGCUCUGGGAUUGGCUAUUGCUGGGGCAGUGGCUUUUGGGUACUCCAAUAUCUUUGUUACCUCCCCAAGCCCUGAUAACCUCCACACUCUGUUUGAAUUUGUCUUUAAAGGAUUUGACGCGCUGCAAUAUCAGGAGCAUCUGGAUUAUGAGAUCAUUCAGUCUCUCAAUCCUGAAUUUAACAAAGCCGUGAUCAGAGUGAAUGUAUUCCGAGAACACAGGCAGACCAUUCAGUAUAUACAUCCUGCAGAUGCUGUGAAACUGGGUCAGGCCGAGCUUGUUGUGAUUGAUGAAGCCGCUGCCAUCCCCCUGCCCCUGGUGAAAAGCCUCCUGGGCCCCUACCUUGUGUUCAUGGCAUCCACCAUCAACGGCUACGAGGGCACUGGCCGGUCCCUGUCCCUCAAGCUGAUCCAGCAGCUCCGUCAGCAGAGUGCCCAGAGCCAGAUCAGCACCACCGCUGAGAACAAGGCCACAGCGACAGCCAGACUGGCAUCAGCGCGGACCCUGCAUGAGGUCUCCCUGCAGGAAUCCAUCCGAUACGCCCCCGGGGACACGGUGGAGAAGUGGCUGAACGACCUGCUGUGCCUGGAUUGCCUCAGCAUCACCCGGAUCGUCUCGGGCUGCCCCCUGCCCGAGGCCUGCGAGCUUUACUAUGUUAACAGAGAUACCCUCUUUUGCUACCACAAGGCCUCUGAAGUUUUCCUGCAAAGGCUUAUGGCCCUCUGUGUGGCUUCUCACUACAAGAACUCUCCCAAUGAUCUCCAGAUGCUUUCUGAUGCGCCCGCUCACCUUCUCUUCUGCCUCCUGCCCCCGGUGCCCCCCACCCAGAAUGCCCUGCCCGAAGUGCUUGUUGUCAUCCAGGUGUGCCUUGAGGGGGAGAUUUCUCGCCAGUCCAUCUUGAACAGCCUGUCUCGAGGCAAGAAGGCUUCGGGGGACCUGAUCCCGUGGACGGUGUCGGAACAGUUCCAAGACCCAGACUUCGGCGGCCUUUCAGGUGGAAGGGUUGUUCGCAUUGCUGUUCACCCGGAUUACCAAGGGAUGGGCUACGGCAGCCGAGCCUUGCAGCUGCUGCAGAUGUACUUCGAAGGCAGAUUCCCUUGUCUUGAGGAAAAUGUCCUUGAGACGCCACAAGAAAUUCACACCGUCAGCAGCGAGGCCGUCAGCUUGUUGGAAGAGGUCAUCACUCCUCGGAAGGACCUGCCUCCCUUACUCCUCAAACUGAACGAGAGGCCUGCUGAGCACUUGGAUUACCUGGGUGUGUCCUAUGGCUUGACCCCCCGGCUCCUCAAGUUCUGGAAACGAGCUGGGUUUGUUCCUGUUUAUCUGAGACAGACCCCGAAUGAUCUGACUGGGGAACACUCGUGCAUCAUGCUGAAGACGCUGACUGAUGAGGUGGAGGCUGACCGGGGAGCGUGGCUCCCCGCCUUUUGGAAAGACUUCCGCAGGCGGUUCCUAGCCCUGCUGUCCUACCAGUUCAGCACCUUCUCUCCCCCGCUGGCUCUGAACAUCAUUCAGAACAAGAACAUUGGGAAGCCGGCACAACCGGCGCUGCGCCGGGAGGAACUGGAAGCCCUCUUCCUCUCCUAUGACCUGAAGAGGCUGGAGAUGUACUCACGGAACAUGGUGGACUACCAUCUCAUCAUGGACCUGAUCCCGGCCAUCGCCCAGCUGUAUUUCCUCCACCAGCUGGGGGACCUGUCCCUGUCCGCUGCCCAGUCAGCUCUUCUCUUGGGAAUUGGCCUACAGCAUAAGUCUGUGGACCAGCUGGAAAAGGAGAUUGAGCUGCCUGCAGGCCAGCUGAUGGGACUUUUCAACCGGAUCAUCCGCAAAGUUGUGAAGCUGUUCAGCGAGGUGCAGGAACGGGCCAUUGAGGAGCAGAUGGCGGCAGUGAAGGACGUGGUUAUGGAGCCCACUAUGAAGACCCUCAGUGAUGACCUGGAUGAGGCAGCGAAGGAAUUCCAGGAGAAACACAAGAUAGAAGUGGGGAAGCUGAAGAACAUGGACCUCUCUCAAUACAUAAUCCGUGGGGAUGACGAAGAAUGGAAUGAAGUUUUGAACAAAGCCGGGCAGAAUGCCUCCAUGGUCAGCCUGAAGAGUGACAAGAAAAGGAAGCUGGAAGCCAAACAAGAUCCCAAACAGAACAAAAAGCUGAAGAAAAACAGAGACGUGAAGAACAAAAAAGAUCUGAAACUGAAGCGGAAGAAAUAGGAGCGUGGCCAUCAGCGGCUGACAUGUACGGAGAGCGCCCCGACUUCCCGAGCUGUCUCCGGCGGGGCCCGGCGGCGGCCUGGAUUGUUGAAAGCAACAGGGGCCCCCGCCAGACCCGGACUUCAGUCCAUGGGCUGAGCUUGGCUUAAGGAAUGCGACGGUUGGGCAAACCUCUGGCAGUGCUGAGGGCCUGUCUCCCCUCCCGCACUCC